CUCGCUCUAUUCGGGCAGAGUCCUUUGUGAAGUUGGGCUUUGGUUAGAUCUGUGCUUGACUGCUUCCAUAUUGGUAUCGUUUGGAUGGUAUGAAGGAAAUCUGGGACUGAAGAUCUCGGGAAGUAGUUUCUGGCAUUGAGAGCGCCGGGUAGUGCAUCGACCUUCGCCAUGUUUGGUUGAGAAGGAGCUAUUGGUUGUGAUUCGCGGAAGGAGAUUUGAGCUGGGUUGGUGUGUUUCGGUGUCAGGGGAGGAAGGAGAAGAAAAAUGGCAGAUGGUGGGGGAUUGUCGGAGCUGGGGGUCCUGGUAGCACAGCUAGAGUCUGUGGUGCAUUCGGGCUCCCAGAAGCCGCUGCAACCUCUGAUGUGCUUCGAUCUUCUGUCCGAUCUUUUGUCCACGCUCGACAGAGAGUCCAAGGAUAAUUUGUUGCCCGUUCAAAGAAAAGGAGAAGAUGCUCUACAAAAUUUGCUACUGUUAGGGAUUCGCCCACCAGUACGACGCCUGGCUUCUGCAGCUAUGAUUAAGUUCAUAGAGUUGGGGGAUAGUAUUUCCAUCUACUCAAGAGCUAGUAGCUUGCAGGGGUGGUUAUCUGAUAAAGCGGAUGUUCGAAAGUCUGACCCUGCGUCUUGUAUUGGUGCGGCUCAAUGCCUCGGGGCCUUAUAUAAAGCUUUUGGCGACAGGAUUACGUCGGGACUCGUGGAAACCAGUAGUAUUGUUGGGAAGCUGUUAAAAGCCUCAGAGGUCAGGAUUAGACAAGCAGGGUUGCAAUUACUUCAGGAUGCUUUAGAGGGAUCCGGGGGUGGAGGACCCUUUGCGGCAUAUGUAGAAGCCAUUCGUAUGAUUUUUAAAGUUGGAUUAAAUGACAAGUCGGCAGCUGUCAGAGCUGCUGCAGCUGGGUGCCUCCGCGCAGUUGCCAUGACUGGUGGGCCUGGUGUAGGAUCUGGUGGACUUGAACCUUGUAUCAACCUUUGCUUGAAGGGGCUGGAAGACGUCUUUCAAUGUGUUCGAGAUGGUUAUGCUGCUGCUUUAGGAGCUUUGCUUGCUCUCGGCUUAAAUCCAGCAGUGCAGGUUCAACCAAAAGGGAAGGGGCCAUCGGCUCCCCCAAAAGCCCUAGAAGGAGUUUUGCAGAAACAUCUAAUCAUCCCUUUUUUGCGUGCGUCAGGCCCUCGUUCUAAAGAUAUCCGCUUCGGUCUUACUAUGGCCUGGGUAUCCUUUUUGCAGGGCAUGAAUCUAACCUACGGUCAUAACGACAUGGAACUUGCACAUCUAGGGAUGGAGGCCGUUAGUAUGCUUACAUCCAGUCUAGAUGCACAUGCAUUGGCCUGUGUACAAUAUAUACUACGAGUGGGGGUUGCGGAACAAAUGGGUGAACCAGCACAGAAGGAAUUCACUUUCUUGCUUACGAAAGAGCUUUCUGGACCAGACAACAGUUCACCACGGCUGAUUGCUAUCUUAAGGACAAUUGCAUAUCUUCUGGUUACACUUGGAGAGGUCUCAUUAGCAUGUAGAGAAGCACUUGACAAUUCGCUGGUGGAGACGCUUUCUAAUCCCUCCAUUGCCGUUCGAGUGGAAGCGGCUCUAACUCUUCGUGCUCUUGCCGAAGUGGAUCCGACCUGUGCCAAUAACCUGCUGUCCUGUGGCGUCACCACUCUCCGCGCUAUACGAGAAAUUGUGGUUGUUGAGAAGGGUGAGAGGUUGAGGGUUGAGCUGGACUCACUACAUGGACAAGCAGCCAUGUUAGCUGCACUGCUUGCUGUAUGUCCAAGAUUACCACUUGGAGUGCCUUUCAGGCUACCUUCAGCAAUCCUUGAGGUUGCCAAAAAGAUGGUUUCGCAGCAAAGUGCCAAGUCUUUAUCAGCACCUGCAGAAAAAGAGGCUGGCUGGAUGUUGAUUGGGGCGUUAGUAUCGUCCAUGCCCAAACAGGAACUAGAAGAGCAAGAGUGGGAAUUGAUUGCACUAUGGGCUACUGAAUUUGGAGGGAAUCAUCGUGAUCAGCUAAAUCAAGCUGAGAGAAACCUUCCUGCGCACUUGCGUUCCUGGUCUGCAGCAGCCGAAGCAUUAACAGCGUUUGUGAAGAGCUACGUAGUGCCCAGCUCUGCAGUGAAUGAUAAAGAGUUUCUUUUGCAACCCAUUAUCGCCUAUUUAUCUAGUGCGCUGAAAUACUUGGCCUUCCCAGCCUUGCAGCAGGCACCGUUGACUUUGAAGUCUGCCAUUGAUUUGUUUACUAUUAGGAUUCUUAGAGCUUAUCAAGCUCUUCCAGAUCCACUUGUAUAUAGAGAUGACCAUGUUGAGCUUUUGGGAAUCUGCUCUUUGCCUUUCAGGGAGCCUGAGAAAUAUGGAGCCAGUUCGUGUUUGAGGCAGCUGUUGGAUACUGGUGACGCUUCUCUUGGACCUUGGGUACCUGGCAGGGAUUUUUUUGAGGACGAGUUGCGCGCAUUCGAGGGCGCUGCAGAUGGAUUUUCUCCAUGUGUUUGGGACAUUGAAGUACCGGCUUUUGCACAACCGCUUCCACUGGCUACAUUACUUGUCAAUGACAUGCUGCUCUGCUUUGGUAACGUUUUUGCAGCCCAGGGAGUGGAAUUCCUUUCGCAGCCUGUGAAGAACAAGUUACAGCUGCUGGACUUAAUGGGGAAUAGAACCGCUGGAAAGAAACAAGGAUGGAAAGCUUCUUUUACAACCAACGUGUGUGUUGCUCUGUUAGGAGGCUUAAAGGCAUCUUUGGGUGUGCGAGGUCAAGGAGUAGAUGCUGAGGCAUUGCGGCAGGUUCAAGAAAUUCUAUUGGGAAUUCUGGCAGACGACAGCAUUUCCUCUGCCGAGCGCCGCGCCGCUUCUGAGAGUUUGGGUGUAUUGGCACGUCUGGGCAGUGAUAGUUAUGCAGCCCGCUUGGCACGAUUGUUACUAACGAAUGCAAUUAGUGCUCAGACUGCAACUCAGAAAGGUUCACUAGCACUUGCGUUAGGGUGUAUUCACAGGAGUGUUGGUGGAAUGGCCCUCUCUGCUCUGGUUCCUUCAACCGUGCAAGUCUUGUGUGCCUUAGCCAAGGAUCCCACAGAUGCUCUGCAUAUAUGGUCCCUUCAUGGCCUUUGGCUUACUGCAGAAGCUGCUGGCUUGUCAUAUGUUCCGCAUGUCCAGGCGACGCUGUCAGUCGUGAUGGAACUCCUUCUCUCUGACGAGCAUGCAUCACCGGAGCUAGGACAAAGCGUUGGCCGCCUCAUUAAUGCAAUUGUGGCUGUGCUUGGACCCGAGCUAUCACCUAUCAGUUCAUUCUUCAUGCGAUGCAAGUCUGUAGUUGCUGAAAUAAACACUGGAGAAAUGCCGGCAGCAUUACUAGAGUGUGUGAGGUUCACGCAGCAAUUGGCACUUUUUGCGCCACAAGCUGUAUCUGUUAGUUCGCAUGUGCAGACGCUUCGCCCUACAUUAUCAUCUAGACAACCAACUCUUCGGCAAGCUGCGGUUGCUACCCUCAGGCAUCUUGUAGAACGAGAUUCAGUUUCUUUAGUAGAAGAACAUAUCGAGGAAGAUCUCUUCGCAAUGCUGGAUUCGGAAACUGAUGAAAGAAUUAUUCGGAGCGUACGCCAAACGUUACAGAGAUUACUGGAGGCUGCUUGUCCUUCUUUUCCGUCACGGUGGUUACAUUUAUGUCGCAAUGUGGUACUAGCAACUGCAGCUACCAAGCAUGCAGCAUCUGGGUUCCUGGAGUAUGAGGCAUCUACUAGCGGUCGCUUAGAUAUCACUCCUUUGGAUGACAUGCCCAUGGGUGAAGAUGAUGAAGGUAUGAUAGUGAACAAUGCGGCUGGGAAAGAGACGAAGAAAAGUGAAAGCAAAGGGGUGGAAGCAAACUUGCCGCGCUACAAAACUCGUCUCUUCGCUGCAGAGUGUUUGAGCCGGCUACCGAUUGCUGUUGGAGGGAAUCCUGCUCAUUUUGAUCUCGUGAUUGCCAAAGAGCAAACGGGUGGACAUUGGCUGGUUCUCCACCUUGGGGAGUUGGUUGCUCUAGCCUAUCAAGUUGCCACUGGAAGUCUAGAGAGUGUAAGGCCAAUGGGUGUAGAGCUGUUGGAUACCAUUCUUGAUAAGUUUGGAAAAACUGCCGAUCCCGAAUUUGAGGGACACCUUCUGCUCGAACAGUACCAGGCACAACUGGUGUCAGCUGUCCGUACCGCUCUUGAACCUUCUGCUGGUCCACUUCUUAUGUCUGUGGGAUCAAGACUGGCUGCUAGGAUAAUUACCAGUGGAGUUGCUGGCGGAGACCGGGGUGUUCUGCAGCGUGUGGUUGCUCUGAUCUCUCGGCCAUUGGCCAAAUGGGCUGAUCUUCGGAUACCAUCCUAUGCAGAGUGGGUUGGGUGUAAGUUACAAGUGAGUAUAUUAGGAGCUCAUGCCGCUGUGAAGACAUAUGCAUUUGCAUGCUCCAAAGAAGGCCCCCCAAAAGCUCCUGAUAGCUUUGUACUCCUUCCUCUCUUGGCUCCUCACACGCAAUUGCUUGGUCGGUGCUGGAUUGGGUUACUAAGGGAUUACAUAUCAAUUCGUACGCAGUGGGCUACCAAGAUGCAGCCUCGCUAUGAACCCUUCUUGGAUGGAGUUCAAUUGGCUGCAGUUGCAGAAGUGGUACUCCCUCAUCUGGCAGAGUGCUGGCCAGUGGUUCUAGAAGCUGUAACCAUAGAUGUUGCUCCUGUAUCACAAGGUGAUGAAAAGGCUCCUCCAGUUACGGGUAUAGAAAUCAACGGUGAUGAAUUCAAGCAAGUGUGGGCAUUAGCAAUCCUAAUCAUAUCAGCCGACGAACGUCAGGGUCCGAAUUUGGGACGCUCCAUCACCAGUUUUCCCUCAUUUAAUCGACGCAUUCUCAGCAGUAGUCCAACUUCAAACCAUCAGUUAGUUGCACUAAGCGCACUUGGAGCUUUAUGUGCAAAGGGCUUCUACAGGCCUGGCAUGCUCUCUGUUGAACUUUGCCAGGAGCUUUUGCAGUUACUGCUGGCCCCUCGGCUUAAUAACUAUCCUUGGGUCCCUGGUGCAAUUGUGUACAUCGUGGAACAGAUUAUCAAUUCAUCGCCUGACGUGUAUAUGGAGGAAAAAUCCCUAGUGCUAAAAGUUGCGGAGUUGUGUCUUGGUUAUAUGCAUCAACUUCAAGAGAGUAAUUCAAAUCAAAUGUGGAAUAGCUCUGAAACCGAUGCACUAGUCUGCUUUGCCCUACGAGCUGCUUCAAGUCUGACUUGUCGUUUAAGCGAAGAGUGUCAACAAUUAUUGCUGCCUCAGUUCCUUUCGGCUGGCAUCAAAGUCUUGAGUGAGGCUUCAGGCAAUUCUGCUUCUGCUUCUGUCACUUUCAUUACAACUGUCACCAACGCUACUUCGAAGUUCUCAGAAGAUGCAGGUUCCAGUGGCGGGUUUGGGAAAGAAGAGCGAGCUUCUGUGCUAGCAUCUUCUGUAGAGAGCUUGGCACGGGUUUUUGAGACUAACGUGACCAUUGCAAGCAAGAUUGAUGAUCAAGUUUUAUCUAAGCGUGUUCUUCUGGUUCUUGGAGUUAUGGUAGCCAUGGCCAAAUCUGUUCCUGAUGUUGCAGAAUUCAAGCAGGGGUCGCAAGCUCGUUGUUUAUCCUGUCUUCAGUCUUCUCUUUCAAUUACUCAUCCGACCAUUCAGUUGGCUGGUCUUCAAACCCUGAGGACUGUGGCACAAGCAGGGUCAGCUGAGCAUCCCAGGGGAGAAAAGUUUGCAUGGGCGCUGCUCCUCUUGCACAAGUUGUCUUCUGAUGUCAUUGCAGUCAUCUACAAGGAAAGCAAGGAUACUAUGACCUCUGCAGCAGCAGGCUUAGUUGGGGAAGCUUUGAAGUUGCUCGUAUUGCUCCACUCAUUGGUAGAUGGCGAGGAGGCUCAAUUGGAAGUCUUGCAUGUUUUACUUCCAGCCAUAAUAGCUGCUGCCUCUGUUGAUGGGAAGGAAAAUCAGGCAGCUCUUGCUUUGAUAAAUGCUGCAGUGAAGCUUGUCACGCACUUAGCUUCAGUACCAUCUACAGCCACGCAAUUUCGCAAAGUGCUCCUUGACAUGCCGGCAGAGUCUCGUCAACAGCUUCAGUCUAUCAUUCGAGCAUCAAUGGCACAGCAUGAUAGUGCAAAUCCGUCGUUUCCUACAGCCCUCCCACCUGCAUCCAUACCAAAGCCUGUUCUGCCGCCACCUUCCUCUGGGUUUCUUCCUCCUCCUCCAGCGUCAGCCCAGUUUAUUGUUCGGACAAGCUCAACCGCUUUAACUUCCCAGGCAUCCCUCGAUUUUGAUGAUGAUGACGAAGUCGACGACGACUGGGAUGACUUUCAGGCACAUGAAGGUAAUGAGGAAAGUCCUGCCGAUUCUUCAAUGCAACCUGUAGAAGAUCAAACAGAGAGAGAAGCAAGUGAACCACAGGCGAGCUCUCCUCAUCCCUCUACUUCCACUUCAACAGACCUUGUUGACGAAGAUGUGAAGGAAGCAAUGCCAGCACAGAAAACUGGAGAUGAUACUGCAGACAGUUUAGUCGAUUCAGCAAACAGGACGGUAGAAAAAGAGAAGUUGGAAGAAGAUUCUUCAGUCUCUUCUCUUUCUAAUUCGGUUGCAUCUCCAUCUACAUCUAGAGUGCCGGAGACGUUCCCGUCAGAAUUUGAAGACGAAGAUGACAUGUGGGACUCUUUCGAGAGUGCGCCUGUUAUUCAAUCCGGCGCCGAAGAAACUUCUGCCGUUUCUCUCCACAAACAUGACGACGAUGAUAUUUGGGAUAGCUCUUUGCCAGGCGAAGCUGAAAAGUCCCAGAGGGAUGUUGAGCCACUAGUACAUCUACACGGAUCAAAUUCUCUUGAGGGACAUGGACUGGAUGUUGAAGGUGACAAUGUGGAAGGAUCCGCGAACCUGAAAGAAGGCCUGGCUAGUCUUGCUGCUGAUGGUGAGGUCACUUCUGGACAUGCUGACGCCGAUGUAGAGAAGGAUUCUGGUGCUGAUAGCGGUGAUGUAUUUGAGGAAGCUGUGGAAGAAAUCCAUACAAAUUCAAGCAUGCAUGAUAUCAGUGACCCUGCGGAGACUCCAGAGGUAUCAUCAGGAACUGAUUUGCACAAACAAGACGUCGAUCAUGGUGGUUUGAUUACAUUGGCUGGUGCAGAGUCCGAAGGAAGGCCUCUGGAGCAUAACUACAGCGAAAAUGGUCAUGUCGUGAAGGUUGCUAUCAAUGUCACUGCUGUCCAGAAAGAUGAAUUGGUUGACGGCGACGAAUUGGAGAGAGUUGAAAAUCUGCAGUCUUCGGAGGCAGCUACCACCUGAUCCUCGCAUCUGUACAAUUUUUCAGCUCCCGACUCUUUGUAUUCAUCGCAAAUGGAGUGCACAGUUUUAGUUAAGGAAUUCAAAAAUUAGGGGUUAUUAUCAAGGACAGUACUAUCAGGAAGAGAGUUAGACAUCUGGUUCUCGUCGUGUUGUGAGUGGUUUGCACAUAUUAAUUUGUAUGUAACGUCGCAGGCAUUGUAACGUCAUUGGCAACUUAUUAACAUUAGUAUUGUUCAGUUGGGUACGCAUUAUAGCUUCCAUGACUGACGUCAUGAUCUUAUAUGUUACCUUUCUGCAGAGAUUCCUGCACGAUGGAAUCCAAAUUCGGAUUCAAACAUACAUGUAUCAAGUUUGAUUGUAGUUGCUCACGUAAAUCACCUUUAAAAUA